AUGACGUGGCUCCUUCCGUUUCGGCUCUUCGUGGCGACUACAUCACACUGCCUCACAGCAAUCGUCGAGCUCAUUCGUGCGCCAGGAGGACGUCAGCGUACUCCAUAG